AUGUGCAUCGUCCUCGUUACCACCGCCCACCCUUCGUACGCGCUCAUAGUCCUCGACAACCGCGAUGAGUUCAUCCUCCGUCCGACAAGCAGACCGCACUGGUGGUCAGUGAAUGGCCAGCAAAUCCUCUCGUCAAGAGACCUCCAACGGGAAGAACGAGGCACAUGGCUCGGCGUCACAAGGACGGGCAAGUUCGCAGUUUUAACCAACUACCGCGAGACAGACACCAAUGAUGCGGACCAUCCGAUACAAGGGACCCGGAGCAGAGGCGGGAUGGUGACGGCGUGGCUGUCAAGUCCAGAGGAGGAGAGCACGCAGGAGUUCGUAUACCGCUUGUUGCAAGGCGAGGGCGUGAAGGGUGUCGGUGGCUUCUCGCUGCUGUGCGGGACAUUGAGGAAGCGGAAAGAUUCGAGUGGCGAGCUGGAACCGCUGGCAAUCAUAUCCAACAGGAGUGGGAGUCCGGACGACGUGCCAUGGCUUGUCGAGAGAAGAGGAGAGGUGUAUGGACUGAGCAAUACCUCGUAUGAUGAUCCAAUAACUUGGCCAAAAAUCAAAAUUGGCAAGGAAAAGUUGGUAGAGGUUAUUGAAGAAGUCGUAAAGGCGGGUUUGGGGGAAGAGGAUCUGGUGGAGAAGCUGUAUUCUGUGCUUGACAUAAAUACUCUUCCGGAACAGGAUGGCGAUGAUUUCGAGUCCUAUAUCUAUCAGUUGAGGAAGUCAGUCUUCAUCCCUCCAAUUGGCCGAGCAACGCCUCAAGAUGUCCCCAAGCCCGGACCAAAUGGGAUGGACCACCUUGCAGCAAAGAACGGCAAUUCCGAGUCCGAUCUGAAGGAUGAAGAAUGUCCAGAUGCAGAGACCACUAGCGGGACGACAGGCAUAUAUGGCACCCAAAGGCAGACCAUCGUUCUCGUGGAUUGGAAGGGACACGUGACAUUCGUGGAGCGCUCACUGUGGGAUGCCGAAGGCAAUCCUAUAGAAAGGGGUAAAGGGGACAUGAAAUUCAAGUUCCAGAUUGAAGGAUGGGGCGGAGAAAGUACAGGCUCCUCCCCCCUACGCUCCUAA